AUGAUGGAAUCCACUUCACUCUAUCUCUCGCCCACCAUAUUCUUCCCCAAUUACCAAAACAUGCUCAACUCUUUCAAAAUUUACAUGUACACCCCUCCAAACCCUCUUUCUUUCUCUUCUCCCACUGAAUCUCUUUUCUUCAGUUCUCUCCGAACCAGUCCCUUUGUAACGCAAAACCCAGAAGAAGCUCACCUAUUCUUUGUUCCUUUCUCCUCCAACCUCUCCACGCGCUCUAUCGCGCGUUUUGUUAGAGACCUCAAACUGGAUUUCCCGUACUGGAACCGCACUCUUGGUGCCGAUCACUUUUAUGCAUCCUGUGCCGGUCUGGGUUACGAGUCUGACCGAAGCCUCGUGGAAUUGAAGAAAAACUCGGUUCAGAUCUCCUGCUUCCCGGCGCCAGAAGGUAAGUUUGUGCCUCACAAGGAUAUUACCUUGCCUCCACUCGAGAGGGUCACACACGCAUCACAUGCGCCGGGGAACAGAACAGCGAGGUAUCUAGGUUUUGCAAGAUACAAUGGGGUCAAAGAAUCAAAUUUGCUGAACGAAUUGAGAAAUGAUUCUGAUUUUCUGAUCGAAUCCCAGCCGUCCGAUGGAAUGACUUUAGUGGGGAGACUAGGGAGUAGUGGGUUCUGUUUGUUCGAGUAUGGAGCUGACAUUUCUGGGAUAGGUGAAGCAUUGCGUUUUGGAUGUGUGCCGGUGGUGAUUACUGAUCGCCCGAUGCAGGACCUACCGUUGAUAGAUGUGAUCAGGUGGCAGAAGAUUGCUGUUUUCGUUGGGUCCAGUGGUGGGGUUAAGGAAGUGAAGCGUGCGUUGGAUCGCACGUGUAAGGAUGAUGAGUGCGAGGGACUGAGGAGAUUGGGUGUGGCGGCGAGCCAGCAUUUUGUGUGGAAUGAAAUGCCGCAGCCGUACGAUUCGUUUCACAUGCUGAUGUAUCAGCUUUGGCUUAGGCGGCACAGUAUUAGAUACGCCCGGAGAGAAUUUGUAUAG